AUGCCGCAGAACGAGUACAUGGAGAAGUUCCGCAAGGAACACGGCCGGAGAUUCGACCAUGAAGAACGCGUCCGCAAGCGCGCCGCCCGCGAGCGCCACGAGGCUUCCAAGGACGCGCAGAACCUGCGCGGCCUGCGCGCGAAGCUGUACCAGGAGAAGAGGCGCAAGGAGAAGAUUCAGAUGAAGAAGCAGAUCCGUGAGAAGGAACAGCGCAAUGUUAAGAGCGCAGACGCCCAGGAACCGUCCAAGGACCCCGUCCCGCAGUACCUUCUCGACCGCUCCGAUCAGAACAAUGCCAAGGCGCUGUCGUCGCAGAUCAAGAAUAAGCGGAAUGAGAAGGCUGCGCGCUUUGCUGUGCCGUUGCCCAAGGUGAAGGGAAUAUCAGAAGAGGAGAUGUUUAAGGCCGUUUCGUCAGGCAAACGGCAGAAUAAGAGCUGGAAGCGCAUGAUCACCAAGCCCACGUUUGUAGGCAAUGAUUUCACGAGACGCCCAGUCAAAUACGAGCGCUUUAUCCGUCCUAUGGGCCUGCGAUACAAGAAGGCCAACGUCACUCACCCUGAGCUCGGCGUCACGGUCCAACUGCCUAUCAUCUCAGUCAAGAAGAACCCUCAAGCAACGCUCUACACCCAGCUCGGCGUAUUGACCAAGGGUACCAUCAUCGAGGUGAACGUCAGCGACUUGGGAUUGACCACCACGACCGGCAAGGUCGUCUGGGGCCGCUGGGCCCAGGUCACGAACAACCCUGAGAACGACGGCUGCCUGAACGCGUAA